AUGUCAAAGAUUUAUGUUGGUCAACUAGCAUUUGAUGCCAGAGAAAGAGAAAUUGAAGACCACUUUGGAAGAUAUGGCCGAAUCUCACACAUCCAAAUGAAGAAAGGAUUCUGCUUUAUUGAAUACUCCAGUAGGGAUGCUGCUGAUGAAGCAAUCAACUCAUCUCACCGUACCAACUUUCUUGGUCGUUCCAUCGUCGUAGAGAAGAGUCACAGCAACGGUGCCAAGAGACCAGUACCAGGUGAAGGAAGAUGUUUCCACUGUCACCAAGAAGGUCAUUGGGCAAAAGAAUGUCCAGAUAAGGAUAGAAAUGGUAAUAAUAGAGGUAGACAACCCUAUAGUAGAGGAGAGAGAGAUAGAGAUUACAGAAGUAGAGACAGAUCUAGAUCAAGAUCAAGAGAUAGAAAUGACAGAGAUAGACACGAGAGAGAUAGAAGAAUGGGUGGAAGUGGCGACAGACAUAGACGUACAGAUAGAGACAGAUCGAGAGAGCGAGACAGAUCAAGAGAUAGAUCGAGAGAGAGAUCGGUAGAGAGAUCCAGAGAGAGAUCGUCAAGAGAUAGAUCUAGAGACAGAGACGAGAAGGACAGAUCGAGAGAGCGACAGAGACACAGAGAGAGAUCGAAUGAAAGAGCAAGUCCAGAGAAACAACCAGCAUACACCUCGACAUCAAACUCCAGAGAAAGAAACAACACCGGCAGCACCACCAUCGUUGUAUCCGAUGACAAAGAAGAAAGAGCAGUAAACAGUGGAGGAUCACCCAACGACAGACAAAGAGAAAGAGAUAGAUCAUCACCAGAGAGAACCAGCGGUACCUUCGAAUAA